AUGUGUUUCAGCGGAGUUGAUUUAAAAUCAGAAGGUGAAUGUCCUAAAGUAUGUGCCUGUCAGAGAAUAUAUCAACCUGUCUGUGGUAGCGAUGGUAAAACAUAUGACAAUCAGUGUGAAAUGAACUGCUCAAGUCAAGUUGCUGUAUCUGGUGGAGAGUGCCCUAAAGUAUGUCCUUGUCCUAGAAUAUAUCAACCUGUCUGUGGUAGUGAUGGUAAAACUUAUGAUAAUAAAUGUACACUAGAAUGCAAUGAAGUCAACCAAGCAUCUGAAGGAGCUUGUCCAUGCGCUUGUCCUAAAAUAUAUCAACCAGUCUGUGGUGCUGAUGGUAAAACUUAUGGUAAUAAAUGUGAAAUGACCUGUGUGUAA